GAGAGGCGAUACAGAGAAAACAGAGUCCCGCUUCAGGCUGCGGGUCCAGCUCUUCUCUUCGCUCGUCAUCCGCGAACAAGAGGAAGUGAACAGGAACAAUAACAGCCGACACACCGGAGACCACAAAGAGGGCAGGCAGCAGUGUUAUCUGUGACGGCAGCGAUGGAGGAGUAUAACUCUGGAGAGGAGGUCGGCUUUAAUCCCGAUGAGAUCAGUGUCUCGGUAAAAGAGUGCGUUGAAGGCGUCAUCGGUGGAACAGAUUAUAACCAGAGUAAAGUCAACCAGUGGACGGCCAGUAUAGUGGAGCAUUCACUCACUCACCUGGUGAAACAAGGGCGGGCGUUCAAAUACAUAGUGAACUGUACGAUCAUGCAGAAGAGCGGCGCUGGGCUCCACACAGCCAACUCCUGCUACUGGGACACAGCCACUGAUGGGAGCUGUACUGUCAGGUGGGAGAACCGCACCAUGUACUGUGUGGUCAGUGUGUUUGCUGUAGCUGUGGCGCUGUGACAGCCCUGCGCCCACCUCUCCAUCUUCGAACACUGUCAUGUCUCAAACUUUGCUUGAAUGACACUGAAGAUCCUCUGAUUAUAUACCCUCUGAUAGACGCUGACCUACAAGUAUCUAUUUCUCCCUGCAGGCAGGAACAACAGUUUUGGUUUGUGAGUUGGCAGCCUGUGAGUACGUGCAGGUCUGACAGUGACAAAAUGUUGUUUGGUCUGGACUGGAGUCAUGAUCUGCAAACUGUUUGGAAAGUACUUUUCAAACAUGCUCAGGUGUUUUCUUUGGCCCAGAAGUACCACAUGUUGACUGUAUUUUUUUUCCUGUUGUGUAAAAACAGAUGACUGCUCUUUGUGUGCAGCAGGAAGUUUACAUUUGUGUUUUUGACUGAAAUAUCUGAACAUUCAUUGGAUUGUUUCUUAUUAAAUUUAGCACUGAUAUUCAUCCCUCAGGAAAAACUAUUAAUUUUUAAUUUUAAUUGAUGACAUUCCUUCAGUCUCAACUGUGCUUUGUGCUGCUAAUUAGAAAAUGUUAGCAUGUUUGCAACUUUGUCUCCUUCACUAUGUUCCCUUAAUAGAAACUGAACUACGACUAUAAGAAGCUUUGUAUGUUAGAGAAGCUCUGUUUAAGUAAUCACUACAGUAUACUGUGUUUCUACUAGUCUAUAUUAAUAUUUUAAUAAGUUAUUGAAAUGUUUAGACAAAACAACAGUGUUUUUCCUGUGAUGCAUUUAAUGGUCAGUCCCUGUAACCAGGAUUUUUUUUUCCUUUUCUUUUCUUUUUUUUUUUUUUUAAGAUCUUCUGU